AUGGCCAAAGAUUUCGAGGACAGUCUUGCGAAACUUAGGCUGAAGGAGAAACCAAAUUCACUGUACAAGAAUUUUCCCCACAGAAAUAAAGAGCUCUCCAAGGGAGGCGACUUUUCUCCCUCAGAAGAAGUGGACUCUGACAGUGGGUACAGUAGCCCUUUACACCGAAGGAAUAUGGUGUCGAAUGGAACCGAGCCUUUAGACCCCCAACAAAUAGAGACAAACUCUUUUGUUGGGACAGGAAAUAGUGAGACUAGUCAGAGUACAGCUCUGCAGUCGAGACUGAGCUAUGCAGCUGUUGCACAAAAAGCGCCAGUUCCUAGACAAUUGGUUUCGCACGCUCUACCCACCAAUGAUGAGGAGAUUAAAAGAUCUACGAAAGGUAAAACAAAAAACAGGACAGUGUCUAAAUCUGAUAAGGGAUUAAGUGAAAACAUUGUGGCAUCUGCGUCUGGCAACAAGCAAAGAACUCGUAAUGACUCAAAAUCUGAAACAGGGCUCAAUGGUGAGGAAAAGCAGAAGAAAAAACGAAAACGUGUGAAAAAGCGUAGGAAAAAGGGGGAGACAACUGUGGAAUCUGAAUCUGCUGGAGGGGCAAAACCCUCUGGUCAAGAUGAUGGUCAGCGUGAUGAUGUUGCCAUGGAAAACGUUCUUCAUUUUGAGGACGAGGAAGAGUUCCCCGACCUUGUUAGUACAAAUCCGUCCACCAGGGGAGCACUUCUGGAUUUUCACCAAUGUCCUGUGAAAUCCAGUAGCUUGACCAUGCCCGGGAGUCCACCAAAGUCUGGGAGGUCCGUGUCGUUUUUACCCUACCCUCUACACUUGGAUGACAGUGAUCAGGAAGAAGUUGGCAAAUCUGAAAGCAAAACAGCUCGCAAACGACGAAAGCGUCGAGAGAAGGCCAACAAAGCCGCCGAAGAUGAGCUGGCAGAAAUUACGCUGGAGCAGCACAUGCUGAGGGAGCUGAAUCUAAAGAGGAAUCAGCCCCAAAGCGCUCUGAGACAGCCACAGACAUUGGCCCAGAGGCUGAUAUCCAGCCAACCAAUCACAGUCAACAAGACAGUCACUCCACAGGAAGUUGUGAAAGAGCCAGCUGUUGAACCCAAGACAAAAGCAUCUAUGAAGAAAUCCCAGCAGCCAAUAGCAUUUGACAUAGGAGCAAUGCUUGAAGCUUUGGAGCACAAGAAACCAGACAAGGGUAACUCCAAGCGGUCUUCUUCUGCUCCAUCCACAGGCAAGAAAUCAGCUCCAAAUGUUCUGGAUUCUAAUGCCCCUGUUGUCAAAAGAGGAAAAGAGAGAGAGAACCCAAAACCCAAGAAACCUAGUCCACUGAAAAAGGUGAUAUUGAAGGAGAGAGAGGAGCGUAAGCGCAGUCGUAUUAUCGGAGAAGACCCCAUGAUGGCGUCGGAGAUGGGCGAUGUGCCCAGAGCUGCAGUAGGAGUGGGUGUGGUAACGGCAGAAAGUGACCUCUCACAAGAUGGGGUGGAUAACUCUGAAAAUGAAAGCUCUCGCUCUACUGGAGUUCCGAUCCCUAAAGGCCCUGGAGGUACAGACGUGGGCGGGACCCCAGGCACCUCUGACCUCUCACCCAUCAGUCAGAUGUCGCCAAUCAGCAUGACCCCACUAAGCUCAGGGGUCAACAGCCCCAUUGUGGGUCAUGUGACCAAGGAGGGGAUGCAGGCAGCAUUGAAGAUUCACAGUCGAAGGUUUAGAGAGUACUGUCACCAAGUGCUUGACAAAGAGAUUGACGCCUGCUGUACAACUUUGCUACAGGAUCUGGUUAGAUUCCAGGACAGGGUCUACCACAAGGACCCCACAAAGGCUAAGGCUAAAAGACGAAUAGUACUGGGUCUAAGGGAGGUAACCAAGCACUUGCGACUUCAUAAAAUCAAAUGUGUGAUUAUUUCCCCUAACCUGGAGAAAAUACAAUCAAAAGGAGGCUUAGACGAGGCACUCAACAAGAUCAUUGAACUUUGUAAUGAGCAGAAUGUACCCUUUGUCUUUGCCCUUGGACGUCGGGCGCUCGGGCGAGCCUGUGCAAAACUGGUGCCGGUCAGUGUGGCAGGAAUUUUCAACUAUGAAGGGUCAGAGGCUAACUUCCAGCAGUUGAUGGACUUGACUGCUGUAGGCAGGCAGGCUUACAAAGACAUGGUAUCUGUGUUGGAAAGAGAAGUCAUCGAACAUCCUGUAAAAGUUACCUCCUAUAUCUACGCGCAUAUGGGACACUCUAGAACUCCGUCGGCCUGCAGUGCCAUCUCGUUCACGAGCAGCGUCCUCUCGGAGCCUAUUUCUGAGAACUAUCCACAGUCCGAGCCAGAAGUGGACAGCAAAGGCAAUGAAAUAAUUAAAGAUGAUGAUGUGGGCGAUGAAAAUAGUGGAAGUUUGGGUAACAGUAAAGGGGAGAUAAUUGGUGAUAGAAAGUUGGAUUCAAAGGAGGGUAGUGGUGGGCAUGGCAGGACUUCAUCGCACCAUGUGGACGAUAUUGAUGAUGGCAACGAGGCAGAUACAGAGGAUGUGGAUUGCGGUGAUAAAUUGGUAAUGAUGCGAAUGACAAGCUGGUGGCGGAUGACGCCGAUGAUUAUGACGAGGAGGAGGAAGAUUUUGAAGACGACUUUUGAUGAAGAUGAUAAUGAAGAGGAGGCUGCGGAUGCAAGGGAGGCAACCAGUACGGACGACGAGGUACAGGAUGAUGUAGAGGAACUUCCUCAUAUCGACUUCCAUGCCAGCACACAUGAUCUCAGUGCCGAAAUUCUCUCCCAGCAUUCAGCGCGCACAGGUGACACUGUAGAGGGCGCUUCAACACACUCCUCAAAAACGGUAGGUGACGGAAGCUCUACCCUGGCGACCGAAUGCCUGAGGCAGGACCAGCAUGGCAAUCUAGGACCAGAGAUGGUUAAAACCUCCGCUUCAGGCGGCACGGAAGGCGUUAGCGGACAAGGCGGUGGGUCACAGGUGAAAAUUGUGGACAGGGAGCGGAUUAAAACUUGGGUGGAGCAAUCACAGUCAUGCAUGAAAUUCCACUUGGCGGAUGUUGGAAGCACGUCCGAGUCGCAGCCUGAUGCAGAGGAGAACUCCAGCACUGACGAUUUGCUGGAUGUGGACGCCAAAGUAAACACCCACACAGUCGAUACUUAUCUCUGAUGUUAGUAGUCCGUUCACGUUGGAACUAUAUUGUGCAAGUAAAUAAACACUGCAAUAUGGUAUCUCAUAUUUGAAGUCAUAAAUGUGGAUGUGAAGUUAAGUCAUGAGAACUUAUGUAAGGAUUGUGCGGUUCAGAAUGAAAAAAGUGUUAAUACAAUGAAGUCACUGUCAGGAUAGUUUCUGUCAGCACACAACAGUAUGGACAUUUUUGUGCGUUCUUUGUACCGUAAUUAGAAAUCAAAAAAACACAGGUACUGUUCCUACAGCCUUUGUGUGCAGGCUUCAGUUGUGAUCUUUAUUCUUUUCAUACUCUUUACAGAGCGUGCUCCUCUUCACAUGCUAAAUUACCUUACGACCCGUGCCAAACGUGUAGCCUUCAGGUUCAGUGAUCUGUAUGUCCUUGCGGCAGACCUACAAUGGAUGUGUCAUAAAUAUAAAAGAUUUAAAGAGACUGUUCAUUGUUAAUACCAUUAUAUAAGGAAGGUUAAGUGACAAGCAUCGAGAUUUUUGAAGUCUCAAUUGCUUUUCUUGAUUAAAAACAUGGCAGUUUGUUAAAUAUCGCUGUUUUAACUUUCGGAGAAUAAUAUGGAAACAUACAUGACGAAAGUUUUCUGUCAUUUCCACUUUCACUUGGUGUGACGUCACACAGGAACUCGUCUCCAACAUAUAUCCAAAAUGACUUUGCUUUCAAGUGCUCUUGAAGUCAUUCUAGUAUUAUUGCCUUACUUGACAUCACAUCAGGGUAUGCACUGUGAGGAGUAUGGGUUGUCCUUAUUAAAAAGCUUAUAUUCAAACAAAAAUGCAUGUAGUGUUAGGACAGAUGGAUGUAUAUAUGUGGAGUUACCUUUAUAAUAUACAUGUAUACCUUAAACCAAUAACUGUAAUUCAUGUGGAAAUAACCAGCAAGGUGUAAUAUAUUGUGGAAAAUCCACCUUACAAUGUACAACUUGUAGGAUUAAAUGUGUUAAUGCAUGUGUAAAUGUACAACAGGUGUAAUGUGGUGGUAGUUGUGAAAUUGUGCUAAAUAUGGUAUAAGGUGAAGUUGUUGUUUAUUUUGUUAAUUGGUGAAAUUUACUAGGGGUGAUUAUAUACUGCAUAAUGUCAGUAGAGGAUGUGAAAAAUCUUAGCUAAAGACAAGAAGUGCACACUUUUUCUUUUAAGGGUACUGUAAGGCCAGUUGUUUUGGGUUACUAUAAAAUUCCACCAUGUAGGAGUUGUGUUGUGUUGUUGCAAUUAAUGCUACAACCUGUUCUUUUUUUUUUAAAUUUUUUCUUGUGCCAUAAUUAUGUUUCAUCAGCACUCAUAAACUGUUUGCCUUUGAUACUUAUAUGUAUAUACAUGCAAGUCAUGAAAAAAGUUUUUAUGUUUUUGAUGGAGCCGUGAACCACAGCAAUAUUAUGUUUCAGAUACAUCUCUCCUGAUUUGUGAACAUAAUUCAUGUGAAAAUCAAGAGUUUGCAAUAUUCAUUCUGUUUUCAUUUAUAG